CGGAAGUAACGCCCCAUUUGCUGGAUGAGGCAGCAACGGGAGUCAACUGGGAGGAAAAUAAAGGAAAACCUCGGUGUUUGAGUUAAAUUAGGGUUACUUUUGGAAGUCUGGACCUGGAACACACUGUGUGUGGCCUUUGUAAAUCAUGGUGGUUUCUAAAUAGGGCCCCCCCACCCUGCCAAAUUGGAAAUAAUGACCGGAGCAAAGAGACACAGGGCAGUCUCCGCUAGAGGCCAAACCUCGUCUGGUGUAAAAGUGACUGUGCGCAGGGGCCCAAGCACUAGACUUGAGUAGCCCACCUUUACUGGACUUUGGGAGGAGCUUGAGGCAGAUGUCUGUCCCCAGGACUGUGUUUGUCGUUUCUUUGCCUUUUUUGUGUUCCUGCCCACUGAGCUGCAGCCAUGGGUCCGUGUCCCGCCGUGUCCUUGUUCACGAGAAAGGCCAAAUUUCUUCUCCUGCUGGCGCUGUGCCUGUGCGUGCUAGCCUGGAUUGCAACACUCACUAAUGGGCCGGUGAAGACAGAACAGGAGCCCACUUUACCUCAGGUGCAGAAUGAAGGGAAGGAAGACGCAGAGCUGAAGCUGGAGGAAGGUCCAGAGAAGUCAUCCGUUAUACGAAACCAGCUCGACAAGCCAGCUGAGGACAAGGAGGAGCAAGAAGAGCAGGGGACUGAAGAUAAGGCCACCAAAGCCAGCUGCCCAGAGGAAUCUCCACUACUCCGUGGAGAGAUGAAGCUGUCCUUCAAGCCAACUCUGACCCUAGGCCAGGUGGAGGGAGAGAAUCAGGCGGUGGUGGAGGGUCAGUACGAACCUGCGGACUGCAUGGCCAGACAGAGCGUGGCCAUCCUCAUUCCUCACAGAAACCGAGAGAAACAUCUCCUUUAUCUUCUGUAUCACCUGCAUCCCUUUCUGCAGAGACAGCAGAUCCACUAUGGCAUUUACAUCAUCCACCAGGCUGGAGACUCUACAUUUAACAGGGCUAAGCUGCUAAAUGUUGGCUACCUGGAGGCUCUGAAAGACUACAGCUGGGACUGCUUCAUCUUCCAUGACGUCGAUCUAGUUCCUGAGAAUGAUCGCAAUCUGUACACAUGUGAAAAUCAACCCAAACACUUGGUGGUGGGCAGGAAUUCCACCGGCUACAGGCUGAGAUAUAAAGGUUACUUUGGGGGUGUGACUGCCAUGACGAAGGAGCAGUUCUUCAAAGUGAACGGCUUUCCCAACACGUACUGGGGCUGGGGGGGCGAGGACGACGACCUCCGCAUACGGGUGCAGCUACAGGGGAUGAAGAUUGUUCGGCCUCUGCCAAAAGUGGCCCGCUAUACCAUGGUCUUCCACAAAAGGGACAAUGGCAAUGAGGUCAACCAAGACAGGAUGCGUCUGUUGGGCCGGACGCCGCAGAUGUGGAGGAAGGACGGCCUGAACUCAUGUUCUUAUAAAACUCUGUCAGUGGAGAGACCUCCACUCUACAUCAAUGUCACCGUGGAUAUAGGCAUGCCCCCGUCCGCUGCCAGGGUCAAGCGUAUGGCUGUCUAGCCUGCCCUCAGAGUGAACUGAACCACAACAGACAACGGGGCAGGCUGGUGCAGCCUGGAGAUACAGCGGUAGAGCCAGUGCACUCCAGCAGAACUCUGACAGCUGUGGCUUCUACGGAAUGAGUGCCUAUGCAUUAGUACUGAAAGCCUGCAGACAUACAUUCAUACAGGUAUAUGCAAAAGUUUAGGCAUCUUUUUGCUUAGUCGGCCAUUUAAGAGAAUCGCUUCGUCAAAAGAACGUUGACUUUGCUAAAAAUGACUUGCACAGUCGUAUGCAAAGUUUGUCAGGUGACAUAUUUUGUUGAUUUUCUAAGUGAAAAUAACACUGCCUCUAAGGACAACACACUUAAAUGUGACUUUUCUCUGCAUUUUCUAUUUAUCUUGGGGAAGAAAGACAUAUAAAAUGUUUUGUAAUUUUAUUACCCUGUCCUUGCCGCGGUGCCCAAAAUUUUCCAUACGACUGUGAAUGGAGUUCGUAGCUUCUAGUUUCCAGAAUCUACAGAUUUGUGGUGUGUGUGUUUCUAACAUGCUAAACCAUUAUCAUUGAAAACUGAAUUUUCAGUUUCAAACGUUUGAGGCCGUUUAUACCAUAUCCUACUCAGUUCAAAAGUCCAGAAACUAAUAUGCAAAAACAGCUCAUGUUGAGUUAAUCAUGCCUGUAAUGCCAGAAACAUGAAUGCUUUUACACUGUCCACCCCACCUAGCUUAAUGCGGUUAAGCCUCACUCUUUCGUACUGAAGCAAUAAGGAGUGUUGUUACAGCGGACAGAGAGAAUGUUCAUGUAAAGUGAAUUACAUGCAAAAAACACUGCCUGAUUUUAGGUCUGAUUUUCCAUUUGCAGCACAUUUUCCCAAUUUAAGCAGUUUUCCAGGUUAGGAGCUCGAUCGGAAGGGACUGACGAGGAGAAACGAGUGAAUCUUUAACCAUCCAACAGAAUCUGAAGUGAUCAGAGACCCCUAAUACAAACGAGUGCCUAAACUUUUGCAUCAAAAGGAGAGGAAUGUGUUACAAUGUCUUUGCGAGAGAGAGAGUUCAGCGUGACCAUCUGAUCUCAGAUGGUCUACAGACUCUGUCUGAGGGUUUUCGAGUUUCAGAGCGAGUGUAGUGCUCUCCUGGUUCAUGUCAUUAAGGAGGUCUAUUUUGGACCCUAAUUAGCUUUGGGAACAGGUGUUGAAGUGAGCCGUUUAUAUUUAGGUCAGUGUUCAGGCAGAGGGGUUUUUCCAGACAUACGGGUCUGUUUACUCUCAUAACUGAUCAUUGUCAGCUGAGGAGUUUACUGAUCUGUGUGCGGAUACUUUGUCGUUUUGUGCAGUGAUGGUUCAGAACAUUUAAGAACAGCAAAACCUUUCCAACUUCUGCAUAAGAGCACUGAACCAGUGUCUUGUCAUAUGUAGAACCCACAGUGCUAGUUGAAAAGAGGUUUUAAAGGGCCCAUGUCAUGAAAAACCCACCUUUCCUCCCUUGUUUGAAGUAAAAGCGUCUAAAACGAUGAGUGUUCAUAUUCGGAUUUCUGCAGUUAUCAGAUUAUUCAAAUAGUCACCUAAACAGCACACACUGAUUUCUGAGAUCGGAGUAAGGUCUAGAAAUCUGAUUAUGAAAUCUGAUAGACAGCUGCACUUUAGCUCAGUAAUCCGAUGAUUCAGUGCAUGUGAACUCUUACUCUGAUUUCUUUCAGAUUCCUCAGUCUGCGCAUGACGGUUUAUGAAAAUGAGCAAGCAGUGUUGCCACGAAAUGGCAGCAAAAAAGCCGCAGCAUGAUCUUUUAUUUUACCUUUAGGUAUUUUUUCUUCUGUCAGUCAGAACAAAGAUCAUUUACAUAUAUCCAUCUUAAAGGCACAGUGAGUUUAAUUCUAAAGGGAGAUUGGAAAGUGUUCGGGUAAAACCUGACUGUUUUUGAUGAGUAAAUGCACACAAAUGUCAUUAGUUGACAAAAUAAACAAGACAAUUGUAGGAUAAGGACGCUUUAAUACCUUAAUACUUUGGUAUUUGGUAUUGUAGUGCUUUUUCCGCACAUGCUCAUGAUGUAGUACUGGCAGUAUAACCAUCUUAUUUUCUUGAUGUUUAGCAUUACAUAUUAUCUUCUCAUAGUUGUAUCUUCAAUUUUUAAGGGUUUAACUCAUGCAUUUUCAGAUACAAGCACAAACAAACCCUCAAGAACAAAAGGAACAAAUUGCAGUGUGUGUAGAUCAUGAAUAUGCAGCGUUGAUCCUUGAGGUUUACUUCUGUGAAAUGGUCUCUACCUGGAUCUACUGACCGGUCAUAGUAACAUUUUUAUUGCUUUUUGUUUGCUUUUUUUUUAAUAUAUAAAAAGGUUUUUGAAGUUUUAAAAGGUUCUGUCCACGGUUGCUCUAUGUAAUCAUGUAAGUGUUAUGUUAUAAUAGUGGCAUGUUAGUUUUCUCCAUUGCUUAUAGGAAUGUAAGUAUGUUAUUGGAAACGUAUAACAUAAAAGGGGAAUUCUACCAAUUUUAUUCCAGAAAUAAGUGGUUAGGAUGUAAACGGAGGCAUUCAGAGUGGUUUGGUGUGAAAUGAUCUGAGCUUACAGAGUCAAAAUUGUUCACAGUGGAGGUGAUAGGAACCAGAUGUCCACCUCUAAAGUGUUAUUGCAUGAAAUGGCAAUAAAUGCACUGCUUGAUGUGGAUUUUAAAAACCCCAUUCAUGGCAAAAUAAUCCCAGAAGAAAAUGUAUCAUUUCAGAUUUUCCACUAUUUUACCAUCAUCAAUAUUCCAUAUAAAACCCAGAAGAUAUGUGUAGGUUCACUGGUGGUUUUGGGUAGUAAAUUAAAUGGCUCCAUUUGUGUUGUAGUCGUGGUGGCCCGUGCUUCCUGUCACCACCACUGUAAAUAAAUCUGAAGCAUCUGACCAUUCUGAAUGGCAUUGUUCACAUUUUAAGUGAAUUAUGCAGACAUUUUUUGAAAAUUUGGUACAAUUCCCAUUCUGUCUCACCUCUGUAUUGCUGCUAAUCCUGGGUUAUAGCUGCUACACCUGGAGGAUAGGAUAUAAGAAGGAACCAAAACUAAUUGUACACAGUCCAGUAGGGAAACCAUCAGAAUCUGUUGCUAUUGGUCAUACAUUUUGGGUUUAAAUUAGCCAACUAACUGCGAAAUAAUUUAAAAGUAAGAAAUAAGUCAUUGUUUCCAUUUUAAUUCCAAUCCGGAAUUCUGUUCCCAGCCUGUCCAUUGCAAAGUGAUUACAGAAAUCUCAAGAGAUUAUGUACAGCACUGCGCAAGGUCAUUUAUUUAAUUUCAAGUCAAAGCAGCCUUUAUGUAGAAGUCUACAUAACAUGUAAACAUAUGUUGAUGUAUAAACAUAUUUAACAGAAAAUCACACAAGCCUCAACAGCUAAAUCUAAUAUCAGCUGUUUGAGUGUUACAGAAAAUACAGAGUUCUGUGCAUAAUACAUCUGCUGCUGAAGAAGGUUUGAAGGGAAACCCAUAUCACAGGAAAGUGUUGACUACUUUAGAGGCCUUAUUGUUUUUUACAGCAUUAUUAACAUUUUGUUUGUUCUUAUUCUUGUUUUUUUGUCCUUUUUUGGUCCGAGUUGAAUUUAUUCAUUGACGUCAUUGUGAUCAUAAGGCAUGUUUUGUUGUUUUGUAGUACGUGUCGUCUCUGAACACUACAUUAAGUGGCACCUGCUUUGUGUCAUUGCAACAUUUUUUUUUAGCCUUUUGUAUUUGAGCUGUUGUAGUUGUGUGAAAAUGACACUAUAGAAAUAAAGAGCAGAAUAGCAGUAGCACACGCAAUUCUAGUUUUCCAUGGCGGUCCAUGCAGUGCCAUUGAAAACUUGAGACCAUGUCCUUUGCUUUUAUGCCUAUUUUAUAAUGUUGUUCAAAAACUAUUACUUUGGAGAGAGUAAUGUUUUUAGCGCAUAUCUACAGUUCUGUACUUGGUGGUGGGGUUCUGGAAGAUUUUUAAUAAAUUAUUUCUUAAA